CAGUGCAAAAUUUCUAGUGCUUAGAUUGAGAUUUCCUUUAUUUCUGCACCUUUUUGUUUGGUCAAUAUUCGUCACAACUCUGCGUGAGAGACGAGCCGGAGUCCUCUGUCCAAGUGCUGCACCGUUUUUUAAAAUUUAGAGCAUUCCGUAAACUUUGCAAGGAUACGUUCCUCAUAAAUCUGACCGUUUCUCAGCGCAAAGUUUUUCAUCAACUCCCACGGCUGCUUUUACUUCAACCGCAGAGUUGCACCAACAAUUAGUAAAGGCUCGUCACAAAUCUGCAAUUCCAAGACAAUGCCGAUCCAGAAGAUUCACGCGCGCAGUAUCUUUGAUUCCCGCGGUAACCCCACCGUGGAAGUCGACCUCUUCACCGAGAAGGGCCUCUUCCGUGCUGCCGUGCCCUCCGGCGCCAGUACAGGCGUUCACGAGGCGCUGGAGCUGCGUGAUGGCGACAAGUCUAUGUACAUGGGCAAGAGCGUCUUCAAGGCUGUGGACAACAUCAAUAAGCUGAUCGUUCCGGAGCUCCUCAAGAAGAACCUGGAGCCGACUCAGCAGAAGGAGAUCGACGACUUCAUGGUGCAGCUGGACGGCACCGAGAACAAGUCCAAGCUCGGGGCCAACGCCGUGCUCGGCGUCUCACUGGCCGUCUGCAAGGCCGGCGCUGCUGCCAAGGGCAUUCCGCUCUACAAGCAUAUUGCCGACCUGGCGAACAACAAGAACAUCGUGCUCCCCACGCCAGCCUUCAACGUCAUCAACGGCGGCUCGCACGCCGGCAACAAGCUGGCCAUGCAGGAGUUCAUGAUCCUGCCGACGGGCGCGUCCAACUUCACCGAGGCCAUGCGGAUGGGCUCCGAGGUGUACCACAACCUGAAGAACGUCAUCAAGGCCAAGUUCGGCCUGGACGCCACGGCCGUGGGUGACGAGGGCGGCUUCGCGCCCAACAUCCAGGACAACGAGGAGGCGCUGGUGCUGCUCAGCGAGGCGAUCGAGAAAGCCGGAUACACCGGCAAAAUCGAGAUCGGCAUGGACGUGGCCGCCUCCGAGUUCUUCAAGGAGGGCGGCAAAUACGACCUGGACUUCAAGACGGAGAACAACGACGGCAGCAAGGUGGUGGCGAGUGAGGCGCUGGGCGACCUAUACCGCGACUGGGCCAACCGCUACCCGAUCGUGUCCGUCGAGGACCCGUUCGACCAGGACGACUGGGACAGCUGGACCGCCUACACAGCCAGCGUCAAACACCAGGUGGUCGGUGAUGAUCUGACUGUCACCAACCCCAAACGCAUCCAGACCGGCAUCGACAAGAAGGCCUGCAACUGCCUGCUGCUCAAAGUCAACCAGAUCGGCUCGGUGACAGAGGCGAUUCAGGCGCACCAGCUGGCCAAGUCGGCCGGCUGGGGCACCAUGGUGUCCCAUCGCUCCGGCGAGACCGAGGACCCGUUCAUCGCCGACCUGGUGGUGGGCCUCAGUACCGGACAGAUCAAGACCGGCGCGCCCUGCCGCUCCGAGCGUCUCUGCAAAUACAACCAGAUCCUGCGCAUCGAGGAAGAGUUGGGUGCCAACGCCAAGUUCGCCGGCAAGAGCUUCCGCUGCCCGCAGUAGGACGCUGCGCUGGGGCGUCUUUCCUCUCUGUGUUUUCGCCUGCCGAUCAGGCCAAAGGCUAGUCCGCUGAAGCCCUGAAUGUGAUAGAAAUCAGUCUGGAGGCUUCUCUGGUGAUCGUGAACGUGGCUUGUUUGCUUAGCCCCAAAUUUCGCUAUUCCUGAGGUUCGAAUACACAAAUUGGUUGUGAGAA